AUGUACAAUACAGUCAUAAAAUCUUCCUCAAGUCUUUCAUUGGCUUCCAAUGAAUCGGCAUCGGGUGGAACCAACAAUUCGAAUUUUUUACCAACAAUGCGUAAUGAUUAUAGUCUCGACAGCGUUUGUUGUACGAAACGUACUCUACACUCGUUUUCACACAUGUGGAUUGUAGAAAACUUUUCAUCCUAUCUCGAAGAUCCUGAACCGAUCAUAUGUUUGUCAUCAUCGCCGUUCAGUCCUGUAUCGGGUGUGAGUGCAGCGACACAAUGGCGUCUUGUUUGCUACCCGAAAGGCAAUUAUGGGGCAUCAUCGAAUUAUAUGUCAAUCUUUUUGGAAUAUAUCAAAGGUGAACGUGACAUUAAAGCCAAAGCGGAAUAUUCAUUGGUAAAUCGUAAAUGUGAAUUAACAGAAAUGCGUAAGGAUGCUCAAUUCUCUGUUUAUAAAUGUGGCAAUUCACGUGGUUUUAUCAACUAUGUUAAAUAUGAUACACUAACAUUACUCGAGAAUGAUACACUCGAUGAUGACAAACUGAAAAUCUAUGUUCGAAUCACGAUUAUGGAUGAUGCUAUUACAGAAGAAACAAAAUAUCAAGAAUUCGACGAUGCUGAUAGCAUUAAUUUUAGUACACGUGGUCUCGAAGGACUUGUUCGUGAUUUCAGUCAAUUAUUACUUCAGCCAUCGGCUAAAAUGAGUGACAUCAAAAUAAAGGUUAAUGUUUCACCAGUACACCAUUCAGAUAUAUCCGGCAUUGACGAAGAUUCCAGCCCAUCGACAGUUACAUUCAAUGCUCAUAAAUUAAUUCUCGCUGCGCGAUCGCCUGUUUUCGCUGCCAUGUUUUCAAAUCGAACACUCGAAAAUACAACGAACACGAUUGAAAUCAAUGAUCUACGUUCUGAAACUAUUCAAUCCAUGCUCGAAUAUAUCUACACGGGUAAAGUUAAUGAUAUCAAAAAGUCGACUGUGGAAUUAUAUCGUUGCGCGGAUAAAUAUCAAUUAGAAGAUUUACGUCUCCAAGCUGAAAUGGCCUUGAUGAGUUCGAUAUCAAUUGACACAAGUGCCGAAAUCUUAUUACUUGCUGAUCAACAUCAUUCAAAGGAUUUGAAAUCUCGUGUCAUACAGUUCAUCGUUGGAGGAAAUCUGAAAGCGAUCACACAAACUGAAGGUUGGCAUAAAUAUGUUGCAUGCAUUCCAGAUUUAGUUACGGAAGUUAUACAAGCAACGACCCCCGAAUAA